CAGCCUUUUCCCAGCAUCGGUUUCACCAGAGACCACCCAGGAAAGGAUUAAGGUCUCAAGGCGGUGAAGAUCGGGGCGCCAAGAUGGCCAGAGAGAGUCCAGGUCCAUGGCUUGUGCUCUGGGUCUGCUUGGUGCUGGCAGCGGACUUCGGUGAAGGACAGGAGGAAAAACCCUUCGGUGAAAUGUGCCUGGAAGACUUUACGGCAGGGGUGCCAGAUUUGGUGCUGGAUACAGACGCCUCCGUCCAGAAUGGAGCCACUUUCUUGUCGUCCCCCAUGGUCCAUCGGAGCAGGGACUGCAUGAGAGCCUGCUGUAAGGACCCCGCUUGCAACCUGGCUCUCAUGGAGCAGGUCCCGGGCACAGAAGACGACCACAUCCAGGGCUGCUUUCUCCUCGACUGCCUCUACGAGCAGGCUUUCGUCUGCAGGUUUGCCAGGAAGAUCGGCUUUCUCAACUUCUUGAGGAAGGACGUGUACGAUUCCUACCUGGCAAUGCAGGAUCACAGAUCUAAUGAUGACCAUCCUCCAAUAGCCCGCACUGGCAUGGACAUGAGGGUGCAGCCGGGCGAACCGGUGAUGCUGAGAGGCACAGAGAGCACGGAUGACCGAGGGAUAGUCAGCUAUGAAUGGAAACAGGUCUUCGGCGACCCCUCCGUGGAGAUGAAGAAGCACGAAGAAGAUCAGGUAGAAAUCUCCAACCUACAGGCGGGAACUUACAUCUUCCAGCUUACUGUCACAGACACUGCACAACAGCAAGACUUCACCAACAUCACCAUCAUGGUGCUGAAUUCUGAGCAGACUGAAGAGCAUUGUUUGAGUCCUAAGAAGGUUGGUUGGUGUCGGGGGUCUUUUCCACGUUGGUUUUACAACCCGACCCUUCAGCAGUGUGAGGAGUUCAUUUUUGGUGGCUGCAAGCCCAACAAGAAUAACUACUUACGGGAAGAAGAGUGUAAACUCGCCUGCAAGAAUGUUAGAGGUUCUGUUGGUGGGCGACAACAACCAGUGUGCAAUGGGAACUGUCAGUCCCCCUUCUUCAGGUGCAAGGAUGGCUGCUGCAUUGAUGCCUAUCUGGAGUGUGAUGAAACUCUUGACUGUGCUGAUGGAUCGGAUGAGAUGUAUUGUGAACAAUAUGCUCGUGAGUUCAAUAGACUGCAGAAAAUCAAUGUCACACGUAAGCAAGGUCACUGUGUGGACUUGCCUGAUACUGGACAGUGCACCGAGAGCAUCCCCCGCUGGUACUAUAACCCGUUCUCUGAGAAAUGUGACCGCUUCACCUAUGGGGGCUGUGGUGGCAACGACAACAACUUUGAAGAAGAGGAAGACUGCAUGAAAUCAUGUUCAGGCAUCACAAAAGCAGAUGCCAUUGGCCGGAGAUGGGAAUCAUUUGAGUCCCAAACUGCUAUCUUAAGUGCCUUUGAGGUGGUGAUUGCCGUGCUCCUCGGGAUCUGCAUCAUGGUGGUCCUGGCAAUCAUCGGCUACUUCUUCCUGAAGAACAGGAAGAAGAGCCGCCGUCGUCAGCCGACCACCGCUACCAACUCAACCCUCUCCACCACAGAGGACACUGAGCAUCUCUUUUACAGCAGUGCCACCAAACCAGUCUGACCUACGGGCUCCCUCUCUCCAGCCCAGCACUGGGGCACUCCCAGAAACUUCUGGAGUUCUGUUUUUAGACACAGGCCUGUGCCUGAAGCACACUUUCUCUUUGAAGACAUUUGUAGCAUGAGGCCAAGAUCUAGCCAUGACUUGGCAGUACUAGUGUUUGUGAUUGUCUUGGCUAAAUGGCUGCUCUGGAAAGUGAAGAUCUGGGAGCAGUUUGCUGCUCUCUGAUGUCUAUCCUUUCCUAACCUCAAACAAUCCAGUGAAAACUCUGAAUGACAUCUU